AAUAGGGGGAGAGUCCUUAGCGGUGGCACAAAACACGUACGCCGUCAGUUGGUUUAAAGGCAAAGAGUUAAAUCUUGUGUUUGGAUUACAGCUGAGCAUGGCCAGAAUUGGGAGCACAGUGAACAUGAAUAUCAUGGGAUGGAUAUACUCUAGAGUUCGAGAUCUUCUGGGGUAUGCUGGUCCCAGUACUCUUGGGUUAACUCUCAUGAUAGGUGGCGUAACGUGUCUCUUUUCACUGGCCUGUGCGUUAAUCCUGGCUUAUCUGGACAAGAGAGCAGAGAAGCUGCUUUGUAAAGAGCAAGGGAAAACGGGUGAAGUGAUUAAGCUGAGCGACGUGAAGGACUUCUCUUUGUCCCUGUGGCUUAUAUUUGUCAUCUGUGUCUGUUACUAUGCAGCGGUUUUUCCUUUCAUUGGGCUUGGAAAGGUUUUCUUUAUUGAGAAAUUCAAAUUCUCGUCUCAAGAAGCAAGUGCAAUUAACAGUAUUGUGUAUAUCAUUUCGGCACCCAUGUCCCCAGUCUUUGGACUCCUGGUGGAUAAACUCGGCAAGAACAUCAUCUGGGUUUUGUGUGCUGUGAUAACUACACUUGCUUCUCAUAUUAUGUUGGCUUUUACCUUCUGGAACCCCUGGAUAGCGAUGUGUUUGCUAGGAGUAGCCUACUCAUUGCUUGCCUGUGCCCUGUGGCCCAUGGUGGCCUUUGUUGUUCCAGAACACCAGCUGGGAACUGCUUAUGGCUUUAUGCAGUCCAUCCAGAAUCUCGGUCUGGCAAUUAUUGCUAUAGCAGCUGGGAUGAUUCUGGACACAAAAGGAUACUUGUUUCUUGAAGUCUUCUUCAGUGCUUGUGUUUCCUUGUCACUAAUAGCUGUGGUCAUGCUGUAUUUUGUGAAUCACCUCACAGGUGGUGACCUCAACUGGUCUGCAAAGAAAAGGGAAAAACUGCAACAAGUAGCUGCAACUGAAGCGGAAGAACAAGAGAGACUCAGACGUCAAAAUGAAGAUGACUUGGCUAAAUUACAGCCAAAAGCUGAUGGCUUUAGUUUAAGGAAUAAAUACCUCUCCAAACUAGGCGCUCAGCUACCAGAUAAUUACUCUUCCUGUUUAUCGACAAUGGUACACAGAAGCGUGUUGAAAUAG